GAAAUCCGAGUGCAACGAAGUUUGGCUUGCUACAAGCAAGUAUAAAUCGGCUGACCCGAGGGAAGUGUGAACGUUUUAUCGAGAAGCUCUAGCAAGAAUAUACCAAAAAUGUCUUCAACUUCAAGUGAAGUUGUGAUUGUGUCAGCAGCAAGGACGCCUAUUGGAUCAUUUAAUGGUGUUUUGUCGUCCAUACCAGCACAUGAGCUGGGUGUAGUAUGUAUAAAAGAAGUGUUGAAGAGAGGCAGUGUGAAACCUGAAGAAGUAUCAGAAGUUAUAUUAGGCCAUGUUCUUACAGCAGGACAAGGUCAAAAUCCAGCCAGACAAGCAAGCAUUAAUUCUGCAAUUCCUGCUGCUGUACCAGCAUGUAGUGUUAAUAUGUUAUGUGGAUCUGGUUUAAGGGCUGUUGUAUUAGCUUCACAAGCUAUUAAAACUGGUGAUGCAGCUGUUGUUGUUGCUGGUGGCAUGGAAAGUAUGAGCAAGGCUCCACAUUGUUUAAAUUUACGACCUGGACAUAAAAUGGGUGACGCUAGUCUUGUUGAUACAAUGAUAAAGGAUGGUUUGACAGAUGCUUUCAAUAAUUAUCACAUGGGUAUCACAGCUGAAAAUGUAGCUAAACAGUGGAAUAUAUCUAGAGAACAGCAGGAUGAAUUCUCAUUAAAAUCCCAAUUGAAAUGUGAAACAGCACAGAAGGCUGGAAAUUUUGAUGAAGAAAUUGUUCCUGUAACUAUUAAAUCAAGAUCAGGAAGCGAAGAAGUUAAAAAAGAUGAAUUUCCCAGGUCGGGAAGUGCCAUAGAAAAUUUCACCAAAUUAAAACCAUGCUUUAUUCGAGAUGGCUCAGGCACGGUUACACCAGGCAAUGCAUCAGGUAUUAAUGAUGGGGCUGCAGCACUACUAAUGAUGAGUAAAACAGAAGCAGCAGCUAGAAAACUAACACCAUUAGCUAAAAUAGUAUCAUGGGCCCAGGCAGGAGUGGAUCCAGCUGUCAUGGGAACUGGUCCUAUACCAGCCACCCAAAAAGCUUUAGAGAAGGCUGGUUGGUCUGUAGGUGAUGUUGAUUUAUUUGAAUUAAAUGAAGCGUUUGCUGCUCAAUCAAUAGCUGUAGUUCACGAUUUAGGAUGCGAUAUAUCCAAGGUAAAUGUAAAUGGUGGGGCUAUUGCUCUUGGUCAUCCUAUUGGUGCAUCCGGUGCUAGAAUACUCGUCACAUUAAUACAUGCUUUAAAAAGAACCGGUGGAAAAAAGGGUGUGGCAGCUUUGUGUGUGGGCGGGGGUAUGGGUAUUGCUGUUUGUAUUGAAAUGUUAUGAAAGGUGUUGAUAUAGUUACAAAACUUGGGAACAUUUUCCAUGAAACUUGUUAAUGUUUAAUGGAAUCAUAACAUUAUAAAAGGAAUAAUUUAUUUGAAGGUAAUGUAUUUGUUAAAUGUAUGGGUUUAAUAUAUUGAGAUCAAGUACAGGAGAAUAUUGUUUUCAUCUUUGCAUUUCAUUGGGAACAAAAGGGGAAUUUUUUAUUUUGGGGGAACCAUUUAAGUUGUAUUUAUAUAUAUUAUAUAAUUUGUAUCCAGAUAUUUCAUUUAAGAUGUUAUCUUUAUUUCCUUAUGUUUAUGUAUUGUUACAUUUGUAAUAAAACAAUGGUACCAGAUUUUAUAUUAUGUUAU